CGAGUUCGACACAAACUCCUGCAUGGAAACUGCAAUGGCGUCAAAAUGGUGGACUGUGAUAAACAAACCAUGAAACAAUAGUCAACUCUAAAAUGGGAGACAAUAACUGACAUACACCAUCAAGAUGUCUAUGACUAAAGUGGUGAGGCUGGAAGAUGUGGAGCCCAGGGAAACCUUCAGCUCACAAUACACACAAAGUAAAAGUGCUCUACUUGCAAGCUCCCAGUCACUGCAAGUAGUCAGUACAAGUGGCUCAGACCAGGAUCCAAAUGAUCUGGAGUUAAUUGAAGCUGAAGAUAAAGUCUAUCCACUACCUGAAAAUUGGCCCAAAAUACAAAAGCUUCUGCGGAGGAAGAGCUGUGAACUAGUACACACCACCUCCCCAUGUGUAAAGAAGGCAGUGUCUCAUCUGGAACUCAUUCAAAAUAUCAUAGAGGAGUGGUUUAGGGAACGCGAAGAAGAGACCAGAAGUUGUACAUCUUUUGUACAUGAAGCUGGAAGUAGAAAACAACUGAGGUUUGCAAGAUCUAGUGAAGAUGGCUCCAAAUUUCUAAACAGUGCGAAAUCUCGCAGCUCUCUGGCAUCUGUGCCGUCCUCUGCAGGGUCGCUUGCUAUUAGGGGUACAGGGGCUACAAAAGAUGAGGAUUAUGGAGGUCUGGAUGUGCCAUUUCUGGGGGCUGAGGAGGUUGUGGAUGAAGUCAUCACCCUGCUGGCGCGACUAGAAAAUGAUCGCCAGGAAGUGAUAAACAAACUGGAGCAAGAAAAGGAGAAAGUCAUCAGACUAAAUGGGAAAAUAGACCGCCUCUGUCUAAAACGUUUGGUGGAAAUGCCAGCGGUUGUUCAAAAAGAGCAUGAGGCAUGCAUUAUGGACCUCAACGAGUUACAGUGGCAUGUAGCAUAUGCUACCAGGAAUGACAAGCGCAUGAAGGAUCGAUGUAACAUAGCUGAGGUUCUUAACUCCAGACUCAUCGAGGACAUAGCCUUCGUCAAAAAACACAUACCAUUGGUUGAAGAGAAGUUAGAGUUGGAACUAGAGGCCAUGGCCAGGAUAAAAAAUGCUCAAACUGAGACUGUCACUGAACUGGACACCACCACACAACGACAGGAGAAAACUGCAUCUAAGUCCAACGAAGCUUUGCAGAAAGCUGAUACUGAACGGUCACACAUCAAACGAGAACUGGAUACAGUCAAGGAUGAACUGACCACAAUAAGUGAGGAGCUAUCAGAGGCUAAAAUGACCCAUAAUGCUUACACUCAUCAAAUCAAUGACACCGAACAACAGCUCAAGGAUAAUGAACAAGAGCUGACAGUUUUAGAGGUCAGGUAUGAGAACGCCAAGGUUGCUGAGGAGAUGCAGUCUAGGAAGGUCAGUGAAUUGCAGUCUAAAAUAUCAGAAGCAGAGUUUGAGCGAGAAAGGCUAGAAAAUGAAAAUGCAUCACUUCUGCAGGAGAUGAAUUCAAAGAAAAAUUCCAAUAACCUGAAGAUUGCGGAACUUGAGAACAAAGUAAAGCAACAUGACUCCAAAUUGAGAACAAUUCUUCUGAAGAAUCAAGAAGCUGAGAUGGAAGUUCAUGAUUAUCAGGACAAGAUCAAAGAUUGUGAGCGACAGAAGGUGGCUGAUGAGAAGAAUGUGGCUCGUAUCCACAAAGAGAGGAUGAAACUUCAACAGCAGAUGACUGUCACUAUGGAAGAGUACCACAAGGUCCAACAUAUAAACUCCAGUGUCCGUGAACAGCUGCAGAAUGAACAGGAGAAGGCAUUCAAGUCUGAGGAGAGUCUCAAGGUGACUGUAGAGACCCUGAGGAGACAGGUGAAGGAUGAGGUACACACCAGAACAGUUCUCACCGCUCGUAUCACAUCUGACUCAACAGAACUUACACGAGCUAAAGGAGAAACAAGUCAGAGGAGAGAGAAGGCCAAAAAAGUAGCUUCAGAAGUGGAUAGUUUGGUGGAUGAUGUCUUAGUCAAAGUGAAGAAACUUCGCACAGCCAAAAAGGAAAACGAUGAGAAAAAGGAAAAUCUGACUGCACAACUAGAAAAUACAAAGAAACAGCAUGAGGAAUCCCACAAAACAUUCAAAUCCAAGAUUAGUGGAAUAGAGCCCCACCAUGAUCAUCUCAAGAAUGAAGUGCUUGCAUUGGACAAAAGGUUGGACCACAUGUCCUGGAAGACUGACUUGAUGAACAAACAGAUGGAUGAUUGGGACAGAGAACAGACUACCAUGGACAGACUUGUCAGCAACACACAAAAGGCCAUCACUGACUUCAAUGAGCGCUUGGAAGAAGUCAAUAUCCAGUUGAAAACCAGCCAGAAAUUAGAUGAAGAUCUGAAAUCUGAUUAUGAAAAUCUCUUAGCUCGGAUCCAUGCUAAUGAUAAAAAUCAUAGAGACUUUAUGGAGGACAGACAGAGAUUUCUAGAAGACUCUGAGGUUGACCGAUUACGAAGGCUAGACCUGAACAAACUGUUGGCUUCAAAGUACAGACAGAUGCAGAAUGAGUUUAUCGUAAUGAAGGAUCAGUUACUAAACACAUAUGAGGAGCGAGUCAAGCUAGAGGAAGCAAUCAAGGACUGCAAACAGUUGCAAGCUUUGCAGCAGAGGAUGCAUGGAGCUAUGUUGGAGUAUUUCAAGUACCGGGAACUGUACAACAAGUCAGAGCUGCGUCGUAUGCAGAGUGAGUCCAAGAUAAAUGGUAUUUGUGUGGCCGAUCUUCAGAAUCAGAUGGAGGUUGCUCUGAAGAAUAUCACAACGUUCAUGCAGUCAGAGAUGGAUGGAAAAUCUGCUCGGCGUGUUGCAUGGGAGAUGAUUAAAAAACACCAGGAUAAGGAGGAGGAGAAGGAGAGAAUGUUGGGGCGGAAUUUACGUGGGGCCUCCCCUGUUAUACCUCCUAUCCGCCAACAACAACCUGUUACAGUUUAACUCGCCAGUGUGUAAGGAAACCUCUGACCACAAAUCCACCUAGUACUGUUGUAUUUUAAUGUAUCUCCAAAACUCAACUGCAGUUUAGGAACUCAGUUCAUACAUUAUAUUUAUUUAUAUGAUUUGCUGGACUUUAUUAUUGAAUGUAAAAUGUUGUGCAAGAAAAAUUAACAGUUAACUCUUCAAUUAACAGUAGCUGUUACUGUUUCAACACGAUGUCAAUUAACAGUAACUGUUUCAACACGAUGUCAGUUAACAGUUACUGUUUCGACACAAUGUCAGUUAACAUUGUUUCAACACGAUGUCAGUUAACAGUUACUGUUUCGACACGAUGUCAGUUAACAGUUACUGUUUCAACACGAUGUCAGUUAACAGUUACUGUUUCGACACAAUGUCAGUUAACAGUUACUGUUUCGACACAAUGUCAGUUAACACUUACUGUUUCAACAUUGUGUCAGAUAUCAGCAUGAGUGUCAGGUUAUGGAAACGUUUUGCAUAUUUUCACCUUUAAGUGUGUUUGACAACAGGAAGUUGUGUUGAUCACAUCAUGAGAUGUUGUUUGUGUUACACAACUGUGUCACUAAACGGGUGUAAUAUUACCGAGGGAUAUGGGAGAAUGAGAAAGAUUUCUACUAUAUAUUUGUAUCUGCAUUCCAAUUUAGUGCUUUUAGACAUGUCCACAGUGUGCCCUGCUGACUAAAUAAGGAGAUAGAUUGUUGACCGUUCUCCGUCAUCUCCUUCAGUUAGUGACUGAUUCUAUGUUGUUCUAGGAGAGAACUAGGCAUGAAAUAAUUAAUAUAUACUUGUGAUAAAUUUGUGAUAUAGGAUAUAUCCGUCCACGUUAUAUACCAGUAUUAGCACUAAGCAUUAAUCCAAUCCAUUACGGUAGUGAGUUACUGAUAAUUUAUUUUCUUAAAACCAUCUUGAGAAGAAUGUGCCUUCGUGAAUUAACAAUAUAGAAAAUGAUAUAUUUUUCACAAAUUUAUAAAAUAAGCAUUUAAAAAUUUCAGCAUUUAACCAAAAAAAUUAAAACACCAAUUGCAGACCUUUCACUUAUUAAGUUUUGUGACUCUCAAUCAGAUCAGAGUGUGCUUCAGUUUGAAAACUUUCAACAUAGAUGAAAGAUAGAUCAAGAUAGAAUGGAAAUUUACUGAUCACUAGAGAAUAUCAUUUUAAAACUGAGAUAUGUAGAGGAUACCUUGUAUCGUAAUUAAUUUCAAUAGCCAGUGUAAAUGUUUAUGGAUUUUUAAUGAUUUUAAUUUCAAUUUGCAGUAGAACAUUGCUACAACUUGUUUUCUAUUUCAAUGCUUGAUGCGGAUGAAAGUUAUUUCUGAAUUGAAAUGUGUCUGCCAAAAUGGUUGCCAACGUUUUGUGUUAUUCAUAAAAAGUUGUUUAUUUUCCAAGUUAAAAACACCUGUAUACGGAAGUUUGUUGUGCUGAAAAUUUAACUUUGAGUUGAUGCUUUGUUUCAUGAAUAAUUAUUUUAAAGAAAAAAUAUAAUGAAAUUGAAAGUGACAUUUUAUUAUAAUAUGUAAUUUAAUAUUGCAAACAUUUCCAUUCAUUAUGAGGUCUGUAACAGAACACCUUUGUGAAAUUCACUGCUUGUCUGAUUUUUUCACAACUUGAUUUGUAAAAAUGUUAGUGUUUUGUCUUUGGUAAAUGCUUACAGUUAAUUUGAUGGACACAAUAUCUUUGUAAGUGAGAGACACAUGCAAAUCAUAUACGUAACUGAAGAUUUCAAACCACGAGUUAGUAUACAUUAGAUGUUUACUAGAAUCUAAAGUUUAAUAUGAAAUUGUUCUAUCUUGUCUGUGUUUUUCGAUGGUUUCCGUCCAGCCAUGUUGGCAUUGUGAUGUACUAUCUAGUGUAGAUCCUCUCUCUAGAUGUUUAUACACACAAUCACGUUUUUGGGAAAAGUGUAUCAAAUGAUCAACAUGAUAAUAAAAAAACAUCCCACAGUUA